GGCGGGUCUACUAAGAAACCCGAGGAAGAGGGCGGCGGCGUUCGUGGUGACUGAACGAAGCCUGGUGACAGGAUGGCUGGGCACAGAUUGGUGUUGGUGUUAGGAGAUCUGCACAUUCCACACCGGUGCAACAGCCUGCCGGCUAAAUUCAAAAAACUCCUGGUGCCAGGAAAAAUCCAGCACAUUCUCUGCACUGGGAACCUUUGCACCAAGGAGAGCUAUGACUAUCUCAAGACUCUGGCUGGUGACGUCCACAUCGUAAGAGGAGACUUCGAUGAGAAUCUGAAUUACCCAGAACAGAAGGUUGUGACUGUGGGGCAGUUCAAGAUCGGUCUGAUCCAUGGACACCAAGUUAUUCCAUGGGGAGACAUGGCUAGUUUGGCCCUGCUGCAGAGGCAGUUUGAUGUGGACAUUCUUAUCUCAGGACACACACACAAAUUUGAAGCAUUUGAGCAUGAAAAUAAAUUCUACAUUAACCCAGGUUCCGCUACUGGGGCAUAUAAUGCCUUGGAAACAAAUAUUAUUCCUUCAUUUGUCCUGAUGGAUAUCCAGGCUUCUACAGUGGUCACUUACGUCUAUCAGCUUAUUGGAGAUGAUGUGAAAGUAGAACGAAUUGAAUACAAAAAAUCUUAAAGCUAGGCUUGUCUUGAUCAUUUUCUGUUUUUUUUUUCCCCCAUUUUCUUGUUCAAAUGAAUUAAACACUUAAGAGGCA